CUGUGUGCACACGGCAUAAGUAACGUUCAGUCUGUCUCUAGAAGUCGAUCGUGAUCGUGGCCAGUCAGUUCCGCUCGAUAGCAAAAUAGCCGUAACCCUCGUCUCCCCCGUCCACAAAAAGAGCAUCCAAGUGUUUUUUUUCUAGUUUAAGCUUAAGACGCGCGCGCCUCGAGUUCUUUUUUUAUUUUUUGGUCCAGAACCCCCACAAAAAACACACACACACAACAAGACAAAAUGAAGUACUUCAACAUCUGCCUGCUCUUCAUCGUCUGCGUCCUGUGCUACGGCCUCGUUUCCGCCCAGGAGGAUGGUGGUCCGGCUGUUUCGCCGGCGAAGAGGAUCGCCGCACUGCGCCGUCCCGUUGGGAAGGCGGCCAAGGUGACCACCACGACGACAGCGGCGCCACAGCCAGCGGACGCCGGCGGCGAGGGCGAGGAGUACGACGAGGAGGCCGGCGAACACGGCGACCAUGGCGAGGAGGGCGACGAGGCGGCCUUCGCCAGCUCGUCCACCACCACCACCACGGAGGCGCCCAAGAAGGUCGGCCCGGUGAUCCGGCCGUUCCGCUCCAACGACGACUUCCUCAACUCGCUGAAGCGCCGCCAGGCGAACGCCAAGAAGCAUCGCGCCGAGAAGCCCCCGAGUCCCAGCAAGCCGGCCAAGAAGAGCGAGGAGUCCAGCUCCGGCGAGCAGGAGGAGCCCGCCUCCGCGCCCGCCCCCGCCCCCGCAGCCAGUCCCGCCAAGGGCUACAAGGGCAACUCGGCAUUGAGCCGUCGCAAGUUGUCGAAGACCGUGAAGGCGACGCCCGUGGAAGCCGUGGAGGAUGCCGCCGCCGAGGAGUCGGAGCAGCAGCAGAAGGAGGAGUCGAAGCCCAAGCGUCCCAUCGGUCGUCUGGCCCUGCGGAAGCGCAACUAAGCGGGAAUGUGACCCACACCCCACACCCAGCCCCCUUUCCCCCCUCCAUUUCCCCUGGCCUCCCCCUUCGAAUCAUAUGGCUAGCUAUGUGGCAGCCCGAUC